UGAUUAGGCUAUUCUAUCGAUGUGCGUCUCCGAUUUGGAAAAAUUUAGUUCAAAUAGUGCUGAAGCUUUGGAGCAGUUCUAUUUAUUUAUCCAUUCAAGUUGAUAUUGAUGAAAAAGGGACUGCCAUAUGAUUUCCAACCUUUCCUGUUCAAACAUUAACUUUUUCAGGAUGUCAUGAGGUAUGACAUUGUACAUGAAUUAUGUAUUUGCCAAAAAAUAAAUAAUAUACACAUGACACACCUGUAUAAUUUUUUUUUCAAAUUUGCAUUUAACAAUACAAAUCGACGUGUCCAUGCGGUUUCCUAAUACGCCCUCAUUUCUUUAUUGACGAAUUUAGUCUAUUGUCCAUUCAUUAUUUUGAUGAAUAAGUAAUGUUGAAAAUACAUAUAUUGCGAAGCUAUUAAGAUUUCCAUCUAUCCAACAUUAACAUAGAAUGAGGUUAUGUACGAAGUUUGAAGGUUAUGAAUAUAAACAACAUAAAAUGUUUAUUGGAAACUUAACUAUGAAGUAUUUCAAAUUUUAACAAUAAAAAUCUUAAAAAACAAUUUAAAUAAUGUCGAAUAAUAAAAGUCGCAGAAUAACUGUUAAAUACAAAUCAGCCAAUCCAUUGUUUGAAAAGUGGCUCAGGGAAUGGAAACAAGAAGCAGCUGAAAAACACUCCAAACAAGAAAAUAUUUUUAAUACAGCCCUAUAUUACUUAAAAAAGUAUCCUCUUAAAUGUGAAACAGGUCAAGAAUGCAAGAUAUUAAAAGGAUUUGGUAAUAAAUUAUGCAAAAUGUUAGAUGAUAAAUUACGUGCUUAUAAUUUGGAAUUGGCCAACAGUGGAAGUGAUUCGAUUGCUUCAGAUCACUUAGAAAAGGAGCAACAAUCUGCAUGUCAGAUUCGGGAGGUUAUCACUGAACAUUCAAACAAAAAUCUUCGCAGUACAUUAUCACAUAUAAACAAAGGAAAUAAAAAAGUUUCUAAAACAUCUGAAGCAACGAUAACAAAAACUUCAUCCGCUUCUUCUGUUAUCUCUGAUUUCUCUCAAGGACUUGAUAGUUCUCCAACAAAAGAACUUCCAAAUCUUGGAAAGAAAUCUAAGAAAGUGAUCAAAACUAUUUCUGGUACAUCUAGUAGUUCUGCAGAUUCCGAAGACUUUUAUAUUCUUGAACCUGGAAAUUUUGAUAUUAUUUUAUACGUUGAUACUGCAGAAACUGUAGGAAACAAUUCCAAUGAUCCAUUCUUAGUAGAAUUACAAAAAUUAUUAGGACCAAACCAAUUUGAAGUAAAGAAAUUGAAUGUAGGGGAUUAUAUCUGGAUAUGUCGCUGUAGAUCCACCCAAAAAGAAUUAGUACUGCCUUACAUAAUUGAGAGGAAAAGACUGGAUGAUUUUGCCAGUAGUAUUAAAGAUGGACGAUAUAAAGAACAGAAGUUUAGAUUGAAAAGAAGUGGAAUUGAGAAUAUAUAUUAUUUAAUAGAAAAUUAUCGCACUCACAGUUUGCCAAUAACUACUCUUCAACAGGCUACGUUCAAUACAGCUAUACAGGAUGGAUUUAAAAUCAAGAUGACAAACAAUUUGAAACAGACAGCAAAAUUGUUGAACCAAUUUUCUAAAAUAUUAACCUCUACUUUUCAUAGAAAAACUUUAAUCAAGUGUUCAAAGGAGAAUUUACCCAGUGUUAAUUUAAACGACGACUUGAUUUCAUUGAUAAGUUUUAAAGAAUUCAAUCAAAGUAGUUUGAAAAACAAACCUACGAAAGUAACAGAUUUGUUUAUUAAAAUGUUGAUUCAAUUACAUGGGGUAUCUGUAGAUAAAGCUUUAGUCAUUGUAGAGCGAUUCCCAACACCUGCAUUGUUGAAAAAGGCAUAUGAUGAAUGUGAAGAUGAAACAUCAAAAGAAACUCUUUUAGCAGAUGUUAAAUGUGGAAAUAGGAAACUUGGUUUGGCGUUAAGUAGGACUUUAUAUCAAUUAUUCAAUUUUGAGUCAUAUUAAUUACAUAUAUAUAGUAAAUAUUUAUUUUUAACUUGAAAUUAUCAAACCAUUAGGAAAUCGUUCACUGACGUAGACUGUGAAGCUGAUACUGUUCUAUUAUGGUAGUAGAAUCUAAGUUUGGUAAAUGCGCUGGAUACCUAUACGGCGGUAAUUCCUUGUAUUGUUUUUAUAAGCUGUUUUAUGGAAACAAUUACUUAUUUAUUCACGGCAUUCUAGGUGUUUAUUGAUGUUUAAAAAUAAGUGGUGAUAGUUUAGCAUCCAAAGUCGGUAAACAAAUGAUGUUAUAGUGAUCACAUGGAGAUAGUGAAAAGAAUACCAAAUGGUGAAUUUGAAUAAAUUUUAUAAGUGUUAGUGGAUAGUGAAUAGUUCAGUGAUAGAUAAAUUCUGCUUAAAUAAAUUCACCUCACUAUUUAAAAACUUCAAAAGUAUGAGAAAAACAUUAUAAUACAACAAUGGUAAACACCAGAACUUUCCAACUAUUUCAUGUAAACUUUCGCAAAACAGGAUUAGACUCUUUGUAAACAGUAAAAUUUUAAUAUAUUUGUAUGAGUGAAAUUACUGGAGAAAUAAAAUACCAAGGCACAGGAAUUGCUCGAUUCUCGUGUACUUUCCUCCAAUGGGUCCAACAAUUUCGAAUUAUUUUCCAAUUCUUUCUGCGUUAAUGUUGAUUAAUUGUAAUAAUUUGCAUUUAAACUAGUUUUUGGUCAUUUUAAGAACUGUAGUUUAUGGGCAAGAUUUGAAGAUCAAGUUUGAAAUUUCCACCGAAAAUUGAACGACACGUAUUGGAAACUGUAAUCAAAAUUUCGUUCUCGGUUAAGCCGGUUUUCCAUGCGUCCGAUUUCAGUUGAUAUGAAGAAAAAAAUAUAAAUUUCGGAAUAAAAUAUGUUCCUUAUGUCUUUUUUAUAAAACAGCAGAUUGAUUCUAAUCUCAACGGCUGAUAUUGCAACUUGAAAUACAAUACAAAAAUAACAAAAAA